GGGAAAACCGACCCAACAAGUCGCAAACGAACAUGGUAGAUCUACUAGGCUGGCCAUUUGGGCUGCUCUUGAGCUUCAUAGCGUCCAUCGUCGGCGUCUUGGGCAAGAUCAUGAUCAAGCUGUCCUUCCGACCGAGCGUGGCCUUGGAAUCGUCGGAAGCCACGUGCUGGUGGGGCGGAGGCAUGGCCUUGAUCGUGGUCGUGAACCCGGCGUUGUGCAUCUCGGCGUACAAGUUUGCGCCGCAGUCGCUCCUGGCGCCCAUGGGUGGACUGUGUGUGGUGUGGAACACCGUGCUUUCACCGUACAUCCUCAACGAGACCCUCAGGACUCGGGACAUGAUUGGAGCCACAAUCAUCUUUCUCGGCUGUGUCGUUGUCGGAGGAGUCGGCAGCCAUCAAACGCAUGACAUCCCCAUCAACGAGCUGGCCUCACACUUCACAUCUGCCCCCUUCCUCGUGUACAUCACGACGUACAUCGUUGUCUUGAUGAUAUUGUUGCGCUGCGCGUCACCUGCCUUCUUCCAAGCUUGGGGAUACCACCAUCGUCGCCGCGAUGACGAAAUCUCAGACGAUCCAAACGUCAUCUUCAAAAGCACAUGCUGCCGCGUGUCCUUGGCAUCGAUGGCGGGCAGCAUCAGCGGGCAAUUGUAUUGCAUGUGUGCGCUGCUGAGGCUCACACACAACGACCCUCGGGAAGUGUUUACGACCCCGUUAGUGUACGUCGUGGGUCUGGCCGCUCUGGGGUUUGCCAUGUCUGGGCUGUACCUGAUGAACAUGGCGCUGCAUCUGUACGAUGCUCUGUUUGUCAUUUACAUCUACGAAGCCACGUUGCUCAUGGGCGGGGCCAUCUCUGGCAUUUGCUUCUUUGGGGACAUGAAGGACCUGAGUGGUUGGCACUGGGGGGUUUACAGCGCCGGCAUCGCGUUCAUCCUCGUGGGGAUUGUCGUGCUCUCGACGGGGGAUCGCCCGUUGUCAUUGUCCGAAGGAGACCAUCACCAGUACAACGACGACCUCCACGCGGUUAAGCAGACAUUGCUUUGAUGAACAAACAUGAGACGUUAAGUACAAAGUGUAUAAUAAUGGUUGUUCCAAACGUUUCAUCUUUAGCCUA